GAGAUAAGAGAAGCCAUAGGCGUUACGGUGGAGCUCAUCGAUCAACUAGCUACCCUCCCACCAGAGAACUCAAGGAGAACCAACACCAGCGAAGGGGGUAGAAUGGAGUGUUCAGAUAAUGGAAAUAGUGGAAUAAUGGAUAAAUAACACGUCACAAAAGGAUAAGCAAGAUCAACCACUAAGGAUAUUUACCACGACAUGUAAAUACACUUAUACACGAAAACAGUUACUAAAAACAAAUAUAACGGCAUAUUUUAUCAGUGUUCCCCCCUACGACCUUGCUGCUGUGUUGUUCAGUUCUUGUCUCACCGGCCCUACUGCGCAAGCUCGGAAAGAGAGCAACGUUUCUGAGCAAAAACAACAACAGUCUGGAGCAAGGCGAGGGGAUGCGGGGAAGCUGAAUAUUGAUAAGCAGUACCCGAACCCGAUUACAGCUGAGAUUCUUGCCGGUGCUUUAUUUGUAAAUGUUGUUGAACCCAUGAACUUGGCCAGUCAGAGCGGGGAGGGCGGCUCCAGCCAGCUCCUCUUCGCCAACUUCAACCAGGACAACACGUCCUUGGCUGUUGGCACCAAAUCUGGCUAUAAGUUCUUCUCUCUAUCAUCCGUGGAUAAACUAGAACAGAUAUAUGAAUGCACUGACACAGAAGAUGUGAGCAUCGUGGAAAGGCUGUUCUCCAGCAGCUUGGUUGCUAUCGUUAGCCUUAAAGCGCCUCGGAAACUGAAGGUGUGUCACUUUAAGAAAGGGACUGAGAUUUGUAACUACAGCUAUUCCAAUACCAUCCUGGCUGUCAAGCUCAACAGACAGAGGCUAAUAGUAUGUCUGGAAGAAUCUCUGUACAUCCACAAUAUCCGAGAUAUGAAAGUACUGCACACCAUCAGGGAGACCCCUCCAAACCCUUCAGGUCUGUGUGCCCUGUCGAUUAAUAAUGAUAAUUGCUACUUGGCGUACCCUGGGAGUGCGACAAUAGGGGAGGUGCAGGUAUUCGACACUAUCAAUCUGAGAGCCGCUAAUAUGAUCCCAGCCCAUGACAGCCCCCUGGCAGCUUUGGCUUUCGACGCAAGCGGUACCAAACUGGCCACAGCCUCUGAAAAGGGGACUGUGAUCCGAGUGUUCUCCAUUCCUGAGGGACAGAAGCUCUUUGAGUUCAGGAGAGGAGUGAAGAGGUGUGUCACUAUCUGCUCUCUUGCAUUUAGUAUGGAAGGACUGUUCCUGUCUGCAUCCAGUAAUACUGAAACAGUUCAUAUCUUCAAACUGGAGACACAAAAGGAGAAGCCGCAGGAGGAACCCACAACUUGGUCUGGCUACUUUGGGAAGGUGCUGAUGGCCUCCACCAGCUACUUGCCAGCCCAGGUCACAGAAAUGUUUAACCAGGGCAGGGCCUUCGCUACAGUGAGACUGCCCUUCUCUGGGCACAAGAACAUCUGCGCACUUGCCACAAUCCAGAAGCUCCCCCGUUUGUUGGUGGCAGCGGCUGAUGGUUACCUGUACAUGUAUAACCUGGACCCACAGGAGGGAGGAGAUUGCACACUAAUGAAACAGCACAAGUUAGAUGGAAGUGUUGAGCCAGCUAAUGAAAUUCUGGAGUCAACAACCCACGACCGUCCAUUGGUGGCACAGACCUAUAGUGCCGCGGUAGCAAAAGGAUACUCCGAGGAUCAGGGAGCAGUUGGUGGGGUUGGUCUGGAUGAUGACAUGAACUCCCUGCGUUUGGAUGAAGAAAACGAGCAGCCUCCCAUGAUCCUUCAGACUGACUGACGUACCUUGUUACCUGUGAACUCGCCUCUUGGGUCGUAGAACUGUGACAUUGGACUCUCUCGUGCUGCUAUGAACGUGUAACUGAGUGGAAGAGAGAUUAAAAGGAGGGGGAAAAAGCCUAAUUCUGUAUCAAUAAAUAUACAUUGUUUUUUUCUUU